AAAUUAGAUUUCCAUACCUAUUUUUAUUUCAUAUACACCAGAUCGGUACCCGGUAGUGAACUCAUUAAGUUGUAUUGAUAGAUUGUAGUAUUUGUGAUUCUUCAUCUCUAGAUCCCCCACAAACUCGUUGGAAAAACCAUGGAGCUUAAUGUGACUGAUUUAUUCUUGCAUGGAAAGUGUUCUGUACCAAACAGCUCAGUCACAGGAACAGGGAACAUCUCUUUCGGCGGCAAUGACAGCAACUUGGGUGAUACUGUUUUACGUCUAGAUUUUGUGGACUAUGGAGUUGAGAGGAGUGGCAAAGGAGUAUAUUACCGGAGUCAUAAUGACGACUUCCUUUCUGCUCAAGAUGAUGGUUGUAAGCUUGUUCUCGGUUUGGGUCCAACUCCAACUUCUUAUAAUGAUGGCUAUUGUUCAUCAGCGGUCAGUAAAACCAAAGAAUCUAUUAGUUUACUUAGCGAAAGUGUGAUUUCUGAGUCUGAUUCAGGUUUGCUGAAACUCGGCCUCUCGAGGGAUAUUUCGGUGCCAAUACUGGAUGCAUCACAAGGUAAUUCAGAUUCUCUCUCUGAUAUCAAUGGGAAAAGUUUAUUCCAGUUAGUUGUUGAUGAAGGUUCAACAUCAGCUAAGAAAUCUGGUGGGUAUAUGCCAUCUUUGAUCUUUGCUCCAAGGAUGGAAAACUUCAGCAAUAGCAAUGUCAUGCAAAAAACACAGCAUGUUCAAGAUCAACCCAAGUUCAGUCCAGAGCCUUCCUCCACGACCCAAGUAUCGGAUUCCCUGAUCACUGAUGCCAUUCCCCACGAGAAAACGUAUAAAAAUCAACCGAGGAAAUGCGGGUUUAAGGGAUGUACCAAAGGUGCAAGGGGAUCAUCUGGUCUUUGCAUUGCUCAUGGAGGUGGCCAAAGGUGCCAGAAACCUGGUUGCAACAAGGGUUCUGAAAGCCGAACAGCAUUCUGCAAGGCUCAUGGAGGUGGGAGGCGGUGCCAAAUGCUCGGAUGCACAAAAAGUGCUGAGGGGAAGACAGAUUACUGCAUUGCUCACGGAGGUGGUCGCCGGUGUGGCCAUCCUGGGUGUACCAAAGCAGCCCGAGGAAAGUCUGGUUUGUGCAUUAGGCAUGGUGGUGGGAAGAGAUGCACCAAAGAGGGGUGCUCACGGAGUGCUGAAGGACAAGCAGGGCUAUGCAUCUCCCAUGGCGGAGGACGCCGGUGUCAGUAUCAAGGCUGUAGCAAGGGUGCACAGGGUAGCACAAUGUACUGCAAGGCUCAUGGUGGUGGCAAAAGGUGCAUCUUUGAAGGGUGUACUAAAGGAGCAGAAGGGAGCACACCCCUUUGCAAAGGACAUGGAGGUGGGAAACGUUGUUUGUUUGAAGGUGGAGGAGUAUGUCCAAAGAGUGUGCACGGAGGGACUGAUUUUUGUGUUGCUCAUGGAGGAGGGAAGCGCUGUGCAGUAACGGGAUGCACGAAGAGUGCUCGUGGCCGCACUGACUGCUGUGUGAAGCAUGGCGGGGGAAAACGGUGCCAUUUCAAUGGCUGCGGGAAGAGCGCACAAGGUAGUACUGAUUUCUGCAAGGCACAUGGCGGGGGCAAGCGAUGUACAUUCCCGGGAGGUUGUGAGAAGUUUGCUAGGGGGAAGAGUGGUCUCUGUGCUGCUCAUGGGAGCAAAAUGGCAUUGCAGCAAGAUCAAAAUGGCCCAAAGAAUGCCGGAAUGAUCGGUACCGGCCUCUUCAAAGGUAUUGUAUUGUCAUCAAUGAAUGGAAAUAGGAAUGUGGACAAUGAACAACACUCUUCAUCAACUGCCAGUGCAAGUGCAAUCUCUGAAUGCAAUGAAUCGGCAAACAAUGCAUUGGAGAAACAACAACUAAUACCUCACCGAUUGCUUGUUCCGAUCUCAAUGAAAUUCAGAGAGAGGGAGAGGAGCACUGGGCUUGUGAUUCCUGAAGGAAGAGUGCAUGGUGGUGGUCUCAUGUCUUUGUUUGGAGGGCAUCUGAAGAAUUCUGUUGAUUCUGCUGGCUUGAGAUGAAAAACAUUCAUCUUUCCUGCAGAUUCUUUGAAGUUUAAUCUUCUACUAGUUUCACUAUCAUAUUUUGAUGAUUUGAUAAACAUUGUGUGAGAGAAUAUAAGCUCUUAAUCUUUGUUAGUUUAGCUGUGAAUAAGUGUGUUUCAGUGUUCCUUCUCAUGAACACAUUGUUAUUAGACUAUUCAUGAGUUCCAAUUCAAUUCAGUUAUAUUGCAACUUUGCAGAAA